AUGGGGGCUUUGGUGGCCGCAUUCAUUGCGCUUGUUGCCGUGGCCAGUGCCCAUGGCUCUCACUCACAAGAGGAGCUGGCCAAUCCAGCAGACGACUGGGCCUUGUACCACAUGCAAGAAGAACAUCAUAUCUCCAACUUUGAUCCAGCCUCAUUCUUCGCACUCCAUGACUUCAACAACGAUGGUGCGUGGACGCCUGACGAAGUCCGCCGUACUUAUGGCCUCGACGAUGAAUCUCUGAAAUCCACUCCCGCCGCUGCCAAAGACAGGGCCGUCCUUGACGUCUUCAAACUAUUCGACCCUCACAGCACCGGCCUCAUCACCCGUGAUCAGUGGCUCGAGGGCAUACGUGCCGGCAAGAAGUUUCCAGACUCUAAGUUAGGCCCAGGCCAUCACGGCGACGACGAAUAUGAGUAUGAGAUCCACCAUUUUGAGAAAUACCAUGACGAGAACACGCAAGAGGAGGACCUGAUCCAUCCCGAAGAUAUCGAGCAUUUCAGAAAACACGACAUGAGGGAAGACGAGGCUGAUCGCAUCCUGAGAGAACAACAACAGAGCAUUGUGGAGAGGAAUAUCCCGCUCAAGUUUAGGAGACAGCCAUGA